UUCUUGGCCCUCGGUGCUGUCCGUAGUUUCCCAUAACAUAAUGAUGGCGGCUUUAACUGGCAGCAGUAAGAAACCAGAAUUAUCCAAAGCUGAGUACCUAAAACGCUAUUUAUCCGCUGACGACGAUGCCAAGAAGUCGAAGGGGAAACUGAAAAAGAAACGGCGUAAAGUUCCCGAGAGAGGACUCAAAAUAGUAGACGAUGACAUAGACUGGAAACAGAUGGUCGUAGAGGAGAAGGAGAAUGAAGAGGACGAAGAAGAAGCUCCAGUGAUUGCAGAGGUGAUCGAUGAUAGACCAGAGGAAGUGAAACAGAUGGAGGCCUUUAGAACCAGCAAUAGAUGGAAAGUUAUUGGAGCUGACGAAAAUGAAGACACAGAAGAGGAGAAAAGAAAAGAACAUCAACUUCCAGGACUGGUGGCAUCAAGCAGGAGUCGCCACGACUCUCCAGACAUAUCCCCUCCAAGAAGAGGUCGCCACGACUCUCCAGACAUAUCCCCUCCGAGAAGAGGUCGCCACGACUCUCCAGACAUAUCCCCUCCGAGAAGAGGACGCCAUGACUCUCCAGACAUAUCCCCUCCAAGAAGAGGUCGCCACGACUCUCCAGACUUGUCACCUCCAAGGCAACGGUCAGGAAAAUCAGGGAUGGCACAAAGUAAAGAUUCCUCCCCAGCCAGAAGAAAGCCCAGCUCUUCACUAUCAAGUAAAAAACGUUCACCUGAUCCUCAACUGGCAAAGAGGGCUCAGAGCAGGCGUGAUUCAGACUCUGACCAGUCACCUCCACGAAAAAAGCCCCUAAAGGGAGAGGGAGCUUCAGACUCCGACCAAUCUCCUCCAAGGAGGCCUUCAAAAACAAGACGAGGCUCUGAUUCUGACCAGUCACCACCCAGGAGGCGGCCGCGGGGUGGAAAGGACUCAGAUGAAGAUCUGUCACCACCUCGUAGGCCUGGCCAGUCACAGGGUCCGAGGAUGCUUUCUGGUGGGAAGGCGGGUCUGGUUUCUGUAGAUGUUUUGAGGAAGGAGCAGGAGGAUAACCGACGCAGAGAAAGAAACAACCAGCCACUGGAAGAUGAAUCCCGCAACGCUCAGACGGUGUUCCGAGACAAGAGCGGUAAAAGGAGGGAUCUGGAUACAGAGAGAGAGGAAAAGAAGAGGAAAGCUGGAGAAAAAGCAGCAAAGGAUGAGAAAUACGCUCAGUGGGGGAAAGGGUUGGCUCAGAGCCAGAUGCAUCAGCAGAAACUUGAGGAUGCAGUGCACGAAGCCCAGAAGCCACUGGCGCGACACUGCGAUGACGAGGACCUUGACCGUAUGUUGAGAGAGCAGGAAAGAGAGGGAGAUCCGAUGGCUGCGAUGCUCAGACGGAAAAAAGACCGCAAUACAAAGACACAAGGUAAUCCCCGGAAUAAAGGCCCAGCACCACCUCCAAACCGCUUCAAUAUUCUACCAGGAUAUCGCUGGGAUGGAGUUGACAGGUCAAAUGGUUUUGAGAAGAAACGCUACUCACGAAUAGCAGAUAAAAAGGCGGUCCAGGAGGCAGCGUAUAAAUGGAGUGUGGAGGACAUGUAACAGAAACAACAGCUGAAGAGCAGGAUGACUCAUCCACAGAAUUAGCCAGAAUGUCUAAUCCAUGCUGCAAAUUACACACAAAUACUCAACAGAACUGUUUUUGAAAUAGACUGAGAAAGAUUUUGUUCCCUUUUCAAAGCUGUUUUAUACUGUACAAAGAACAUCAGAUUACAGCAAAGAGAUAAACCACAAAAAUAACUGUACAUAGCAUUGAAGUGACAGCUUCUUUAUUAUUUUGUAAUAACUGAAGUCAAUGUGGAACUACAAUGUGUUUUUCACUGUUUUAUUAAAUAAUGUUUUUGUAAA